AUGUCGACCAGUGGUCCCACGAGCAUGUAUGACGGUUACCUGAAGCGUGAUGUUCAACAACCUGAUGACGAUUCUCCGCAGCAACAUGGUGAUGGCGGUGAUGGUGAUCAUAGCGGCGUAGGAGAUAGCAACCCUCCUCGUGACGAUCACGGCACAGCGGGGAAUCAAUGGGCUUCGGGACAGCAGUGGUGGAGUGACGGAUGGCAUCGCCAGUGGGGUCACUCAUGGGGCAACGACAGCCGGAACUGGGAUCGCUCAGGGUGGGCACAGGAUCUCAGUUCAAGAGCUGUCCAAGAUGGGACGUGGUACGACUCUCGACCCUGGGGGUCGGCCUCGACAGGAACGGGGUCUCUGGACGGAGGCCAAGAUCGGGACUCCAAGGAUUCAUCCUUGGACGCUUGGGGUCGCCAUGUGUCUGGCAGCGACUCGAAGGCCUACCAAGGCAGUGGAUGGCAACCAGACGGAUGGCGCCCUGCGACGGACGCCCAAGGCACCCCACACGAAGCGAAGAGAGGGGAGUUCAGCCGUGGACCUUCGGAGAGGAUGAUCGUUCCGAGCUUUUCUGGCUUGACUCCCUCCUCCGGUGACGAUUUGGGCACCUCAGCUCGUUCGUAUCUCAGGCAAGUAUCUGCUUGGAGGCGUAUGACGAGGAUGAGUGAGGACCAACAGGCCCUCACCCUGUAUCAGCACUUGACGGACCGCGCCUGGGUGGAUGCAGAAAGACUUGAUAUGGACAAGCUGGGGAGCAAGUUUGGCGUCGACUACCUGGUGGAGUGGAUCAAAGAUCGAUACCUGGAUGUUCAGGUGACGCAGAUUGGCCGGAGUCUCUCCGGCUUUUUCCGGAGCCUACACCGGAAGACGAACCAAUCGGUUCGUGACUACAUGGCGGAUUUUGACAGGGCGCACUCCCGACUUCAGGAAGUCGGCUGUCAACUGCCGGACGUUGCCGUGGCGUGGGUUUUCGUGGACAGGAUGGGACUGGAAGAGCAGGCAGAACUGAAUCUGCUUGCUUCGGUGGGCAACCAGUACUCGCUGAAGGCACUCCAGCAGGCUGCCAUUGUUCAUGACCGAGGACUCCGCAAGCCGUGGGAAAACCAGACACGUCCUGCCAGGAAGGAUUGGGCUCCACGCAAGCCUUUCUCGGCGAAUCUCGCGGGGAUCGAUGAGAAUGGGUCCUACGAGGCCUAUGAGACUUUCGAGCUGGACGAGGCCCACGAGGACGCCGUUCCGGAAGAGGUGGCCCAGGAGCUCUACCAGGCGUACAUGACCCAUGAGUCGGCCAAGCAACGAUACCGCGAGAAUGCAAAGCUCAGGGGCUCCGAUCCGGAUUCUCUCAAGCAGCUGGCCAGUGACAAGCUGAAAGCAGCGAAGGCUCGCUCCUUUUGUGCGGGCUGCAAGAGACGCGGGCACUGGCACAAAGACAGUGUUUGCCCGUUGAACCAGGCCAACGGGCAACUCUGGAGCUGGGACGAUGCUAAGGCGAUGUACCCCUGCCACGUGGUCCACGUCACAUGGGAGAUUGAGGGUUUCGUCAACAAGGACCUGUUGGCGAUCACCGAUACAGCUUGCUCGCGCUCUGUGGCGGGGGCGGCGUGGGUGGACUCCUACCUCACCGAGGCUCGAAAGAUGGAGUGCGAUCCGCAGUUCACCUCGUGCCGCGAGGCUUUCAAGUUCGGAGCUUCAAAGGUGUUUGUUGCGAGCUACGGGAUCAUCCUUUGCUUUGAGCUCGGCGGGUUCCGGAUUGGACUCAGGGUUGCCGUUGUGAACGGCGACGUCCCGUUGUUGGUCUCGCGCGGUGCUCUCGGGAAGAUGGGGAUGCUGCUUGAUGUGGCUGAGAACAAGGCCUCCUUCAAGGCCCUCGGCGUCUACGAUAUGGGGUUGGAGAUUACCGAGACUGGGCACCCGGCGUUUCAGAUUAGGCCAGCACCCUUGCCGAAAUGUUUUGGCACGGACUCCAAAUGGGAGUCCGCAGAGAUCGUGAUCUUUCCGCAGGGUGAGCAAUACAUGAGUGCAGCCAAGGGGAAGGGAUGCGAUGAUGUUUUGGGCGAUGAUGCUUCAGGUUCAUCGACGAGUUCGGGAUCUUUGCCUUGUAUGACUAGUUGGAUGGUGAGCUCCAUGGAAGUUGGUGACGAGCAUGGUGGAGGUGGUGAAAGAGAUGCUCUUCCUGAAGAACCCCGAAGUCCAAAAAGAGAUCCCGGGUAUCAUCCUUUGUUCUAUCCUAAGAAAAUCGGGUUAGCCACCAAGAACUUUCUCCUCGACCCCAACUUCAAUCCCACAACCUUUGCUACCUGGUGGUCGUCUACAAGUAUAUCCAACGAUUUCUGGAUCGAAAGUGCUGAACUGUUGGUUCGUGUUCACGUCAUACCCCGUCGGUCUUUCUUCAACCCCCAGCACUGGAAGACGCAGAACACAGCCCACAAGGAGAAGCUGCUACAGUCACUUGGUGCACUCUCAGUGAUGACGGAUCUUUUCCGGUUCUUUGGAUCGGCAGAAGUGUCUUUCGUAGACGAAUUUCAAUGCCUCAUUCGCUUCCUCCCCGCGCUCUUUCGGCAGAUGGCUCAGAGCUCGGACCUCCUGACCGCUCCUGUCGUCACCCGGGCAAAGACGCUGUCGGAGUUCACGAAGGCGGAACUCUUGGCGGAAGCCCAAGCCAGGAACUUGUGGGUGCACCAAAAAUGGACGACCACGGAGCUGAGGUCCGCAAUCCAGGAGGACCGGCGCAAUCCCUCGGCCAACCACCCGGCGAACGCCACCAAGGGGAUGGCGACGAUGACCUUGGAGGAACUCAAGAUCCGGGCGAUGGAGAUGAACUACCUGCUCCCCCAGUACGCCACCCGCGGCACGGUCAUGAGGAUCUUGAGGGACCAGGGCGGGACGGGACCCGAAUCCAUCCUGGGGUUCGGGAGGUUCAGAGGGAAAGCCUACAAGGACACUCCAGUGUCCUAUCGAGCAUGGGCAUUGCGAGAAGUCGAGAACAACGACAAUCCGUCGGAGGACUUGGUCCUCUACGCGAAUUGGUGGAAGGGCGAGAUGCACAAGUGGAACCCGGAGACCCAGGAGAUCAAGGACCCCUUCGAUGCGGAGGACUGUGCGACGAUCCCCUACGUGGACGACGGGAGCUCUACGGCAUCCUGGGAUCUUCUACACCGGGAGGCCCUGGCAGUGUCCCAGGCGGCGACUCCGAAGUCCAAGGCCGCGGGCUAUCCACACCAAGGACCGCCUGUCCCGACACCGGUGAGGAUGGAUCAGGAAGUGCCCCCGGAGGUCAGCGACGGGAUGAUCGAGAACCAGAAGGUCCAGGACGGCGGCGCGGGGGAGUUGUACGACUGCGAGGAGGCGCGCUCUGAUGGCGAAAACGGAGCCGAGGAAAACGACGAGAACUACGAUGACUUCCUCUACCACCUCGACUCCGAUGAGUCCGGGAACCAAUCCAGGACGCUAGGCGAGCCUACUCAGGAAGCGAUGGUCACUGGAGGCAGUGGGGAUGUAAUCCAACGUAAGGCCACCGGAACCAAAGCGGCUGAGGCGGAGACCUGCGAGACGAUUGCCCGGGAAAAGCUCAACCUUAAGCUCUUCACCUACGAGGACCUACUGGAGCUGGCGAGGACGGUCCCCCUUCGGAGGACCCCCAAAGGGAAGGCCUUGCGAAGAGGCGGCGGAGGACCUCUCGAGUACUUCCUUGCUGGGAUGUAUACUUACGGCCCGAUGAGCGGGAUUUCCAAGGCCAGCCACGAUCUUCCUUGGACGGUGAAGUACAUGAACUCUUUCAUGAAGGUCCAGGGUUUCGGGCAGUGGUCGUCCUUUGUCCUGUUCAAGAAUGCCGCAACCACCGUGCACGCCGACGUACACAACCUCCCGAGCACCACGGUGAAGACGGUGUCCUUUGGUCCUUUCUCCGGAGGAGAACUGUGGAUGAGUGAUCCGGAUCGGGCGACCGACGCGCCCGGCACCCAAUGGAGGACCGAUGCGCAGGGCAAUCUUCUCCCCGGCUACAACGUGAAGACCAAGAACUCCGUGCACGCCUUCAACGGGAAGAUCAAGCAUGCCACCCAACCGUGGGACGGAGAACGAUGGACUCUGUCCUGCUUCACCACUCGUGGCUUCCAGCAGAGUACCGUGACCGAGCGUGACCAACUUCGUGAUCUUCGCUUUCCUCUUCGUGGAAUACCUCUACAACCCGCAGAAUGUGACGAAGAUCCUCCCCGAGCUGUUCGGCAUCGCCCUAUGAAGAGCAUCAGGAAAGGACUCUGGAGGAAGGCCACUCGACUGGCAGCCCUGACCACGUGGUGUACGAUGGCUGGAACAUCCUGUACGGCAACCCACUACCCGCUCUCUCGAGGACCUGAAGCAGUGGCUUUCUUCGAGAUCGGGGGCUUCCACAAGACCCUCGAGAUCACCGACUUGAACUACCUGGCGGCGGAACCCUACGGCUACUCCGAUGGUGGAGAGGAUCCUCAACCUCUCGAGGCCAUCUACGACACCAUCCGCGAGUUCAACCCCGCAGUGGUGUGGCUCCACGCCAAGACCACGGCCUCCUACAUCAAGGGCAUCACGGGAUACCUAUGUGAGCAUGUGGAUCAAGGUCGGCAACUCGCUAUCGAAGCCCCUCCCGAUGAUCCUUGUUGGAAAAACGAAGGCAUCAAGGACCUGCUCGCGAGGUACGAUGGCAAAUGGCACCACCGUUGCGAGGAACCUGAUGUACUACGAGUGAAUGAUGACUACCGCCAGGACCACCGACACCCCGACGAUGAAGUGAUCCCCGAGUUCCGCGCCUACGUGACUGAGUACAAGCCCGAGGUCGAGGACGGUGGCGGCGCGGACGGGGCUCCGAAGACCGGCGCCGAAGCGAUCUCCUUUGAGAAGGGCAAGAACCUAGCCUCGGAAGUGAAGUCUUCACUUAGGCGGCUCCACCAGAAUCUUGGACAUCCCUCGAAUACCGACUUGGCAAGGCAUUUGAGACUGGCGGGCGCCGACCCCGUUGUGGUGGACGCAUGCAAGCGACUUCAAUGCCAAGUCUGUCAGCGGAAUAAAAGAGGAGCGGCACCCAAGCCAGCGUCUCUGCCAAAUUUACUUGAGUUCAACCAAGUGGUCGCGGUGGAUGCUUUCUACGUCUACGACUGCGAGAAGGUGGAACUCAUGAUGGCGAUCGACGUCGGUACUGGUUUUGCUUUGGCAGGCGAGCUACGAGGACAUUCCACGCGGACCAUGGAGGACUCUUUCUGUGCUUUGUGGAGUAACACUUUUGGGGCCCCUGGAACACUGGUAGUGGAUCUGGAAUCCGGCCUCCAAGCUGGACUGGCCAGGUUCAGCGAGUGGCAUGGCUCCUACAUCCGGCCCAUAGCCGGUCAAGCACAUUGGCAGAAUGGGACAGUUGAGAGGGCUAUCCGGACGUGGAAAGAAGUGUGGUCCCGUUUGGUCGACGAGCGGUCGGUUACGUCAGAAGAGGCCAACAUGGUGGUCACAGCCGUGAACAACGCAAUGAACACCCUGAGAAGGGAUGCUGGCUUCAGUCCGGCACAAGCAGUUUGGGGACGUGAUCCUCGACUCCCAGAGGACGUCCACAACUCCUUUCAGGAUGACCGCGUGGAACAUAUCAUCAGCAGAGACCGACAGCGUGCUAGGGAGCACACCGUGAGGAUCGCCGCCAAGGAAGCCUACUUCAAAGUCCGGAACGACGCGAAGCUCCGGAAAGGUCUGUUGCAGCGCUCCAGAGUCGGAGGCCCCGAACUUGACGUGGGCUGCCACGUCUUCUUCUACCGGAAGCCCAAGAACAACAAGAACUGGGUUUGGCAUGGGCCUGGAGUUGUGAUCGGGAGAGAAGGGCCAAACUACUGGGUGUCCUUCUCUGGCCGUUGCCAUCUGGUCGCCCCGGAACACCUGAGGCUCGCGAGCUCCGAGGAACUGGGAGCGGCUUUUACUCUCAGGUCAACGAAGGAAGACUUAGAGAAGCUGCUGGAACAGGACUUCGGCGAUGAGGAGCUCUACGACCAGACCGAGGAGAUGGAUGUAGAUCCUGAACUACCACCGGGUGAUGAUCACCAAGAUGGAGACGGCGUUGACGGUCCCCAUCAUGAACGCCAACGUGGAGAAGGCAGCAGGAGAAGGGAUGGCGACCCACCUGCUCCGGUCACCAAGCGGCACAGGACAAAAGGCCCUGAGGUCCUCGAGAACUCCGACCCCCACGCUACCUUCAUGAUGAAACUCCCGAAGACCCCUAGGGGAAGAGAGAAGGCCCUCGAGAAGGAGAUUCCAUGGUCUAUGGUGCCCGAAGACCAGAAGCCUAACUUCCGUCAGGCUGAACGCAAGCAGUACGAUGAGCAUCGUGAACAUGGAGCACUCGAGCCACUCUCCGUCGAGGACAGCCGGAGGAUCGCGCGGGAACGAUCAGAUCGGGUCCUGAAUAGCAGGUUUGCUUAUCGGGACAAGCAUUGGUCUCGUCGCCGGGAGAACCCAGACGUGGGAUGGAAACCGAAGGCGAGACUGGUGAUAGCGGGACACCGAGAUCCCGACCUCCUAUCUGGACUACCUACGCAUGCGCCGACGAUUUCUCGCCAAGGCAUACACCUGCUCCUCCAGAUCCUCGCGUCGAACUUGGACAAAGGGUGGAAGGGAUACGCCGGCGACGUGACCGCCGCUUUUCUGUGCGGAGAAGACUUGGAACGUGAACUUUAUCUACGGCAACCAAAGACUGGGCUCGGUGAUCUCCAUCCGGAGCAACUCUUGCGUAUCCGGAAACCUAUCUUCGGCCUCGUGGACUCCCCGGCUGCAUGGUGGACGAAAUUCCACCGUACUCUCAAGAACAUGAAGAUCCGGGACGGGGACACCGAAUGGAUGGUGAUCCAAAGUACUCUGGAUCACUGCGUGUUCAUGGUCCAGAAGGUCACGAGUUACGAUGAGAACGGAGAGCCCCAACUUGAGGCUCCCAGUGCCUACUUGGGUGUCCAUGUCGAUGAUGUUUUGCUGGUCGGCGACGCCAAACUCUGCGGCUUGGUGAAGGAGCGACUAAGUGCGGAGUUCCCAAUCCAAGACUGGGAAGAGGAAAAGUUCGAGUACGUCGGGUCCUUCAUCGAGAUCCUUGAGGACCGCGUCAAGGUGACCCAGGCGAGUUACGCGAACACGAGGCUCUUCCAGGUCGAUGUGGAGCGAAGUAGUCCUGACCACCUCGAAGCCAACGAGAUCGAGAAGCACGACAACCAGUCGCUGAUCGGCGCCCUCUCAUGGAUGGCGAGUCAGACACGUCCCGACUUGCAGGUCGGCGUCUCCAUGUGCCAGCAAUGCCAGAAGUCUCCGACGGUUGGGGAUGUGAGAUUCACAAAUCAACUGGCUCGACGGGCUAUGGAACACAAGGAAGAGGGCUUGACCUUCUUCCCCGUGAACCUCGAUCGCGCCGUCUUGCUUUGCUACCACGAUGCCGGAUGGGCCAACGUCCCGCAGAACGACGAGGACCCCUUCUACAAGCUCACCGACGAGGAGAACUCACAAGGGAGGUUCCAGGAUGGUCCGCUAGCAAGAAGGGAGGCGAAGAUGAAGAAGACGAACUCUACCAUUGCGUCCCAGCUGGGCGGCCUCUAUGUGUUGGCCGACGACAGGAUUCUCUCCGGUGAAGAGAGCCAUGGUAGCAUCCUGGACUGGCGGAGCGGGGCCUGUGAAAGAGUGUGCCGUUCUACCUUUGCGGCAGAGACAAUGGCAUGCGGGACAGCAACGGAAACAGGAGACUUCAUCGCGAAGUUCCUUGAGACCCUGCUCACCGGAAAGCUGGCUCGCAACUCGACUCGGUUCCAGAUUCGAUUUCUGAGCGACUGCCGUAGCUUGUAUGAUCAUUUGACCCGGGACGGAGUCCCGCGAGUCCCAACCUGCAAAAGGCUUUCGAUCGACUUGGCGGCCAUCCGCCAGGAUCUAAAGAGUUUCGGGCGAAUCGCAUGGGUGCCUACAUGGGCGCAACUUGCGGAUUUGCUCACAAAGCCUCUCCGUCCAGAGAGCUGGUGGGAAACGAUAAAGUCUCCCUUGAAGCUCACCUUCCGAGAAGAGGGAGGGAAAACUUGUAUAGAUAAAGUCUAUUUGGAACCAGUGUAA